GUCGGUACUCAGCUCGCCUCUCUGGUCGUCGUUGUCAACCCUCGUGCUGAAGCAUUGGGCGUUUGACCUCUGCGCCUGAUUCUUUUUCGGCGACGCGAUUUAGACUCGUUUUGAUCUGAGGCGCUGCGGCAGCGGAGCGACCGAGGGGCGAUGGUCAUCAUGAAGCUGGGCGCGGCCGCCGAGGGGCGCUGCGAGGACCUCGAGCCCGAGACGCUGCGGGAGAAGGACAUUCUGAUAACACGUGAUUUUCGUUUGACCCUUCCUCGCACAGAUUCAGGCGUGGAAGAGAAAGGUCGUGACUUUCGGUCGGAGGGGGAAGUGGAGGCGGGAGGAAGAAAGAAGAUUGAGAAGGAGCAACUUUUUCGCAGAUGCAAGCUUUCACCAACUGCCAAUCGCGGGGUUGGUCGGCAAGCGCUUACUCGCUUUAAGGAGCAACGCUCAUCUUGGAACCAAAACUUGAAUUCAUGUUAUUGGAAAAAUCGUUCAGCUUAUGCUAUAAGACUUAAUUAUGAAUGA